AUGGUUGCUGCCUUUUUAUAUUCGCCCCGGGCGAUAGUCGCCAGCUCUCUGAUCUUCUUCCCUCUCACAUCCGGAGCACAGCUUUCUCCGCCGAACUCCGCAUCCGUUCCUUUGCGAUUGUGGGAUUCGGCACCGGCCGGGGGCUUCAGCGAUUCGUACCUCAUUGGCAAUGGCCGCAUUGGAGCGGCCCUCUCAGGAUCAGCUCAGAAGGAGUAUCUGGGUCUGAACGAGGAUUCUCUCUGGUCGGGAGGGCCGAUAGAUCGCGUCAACCCCGACGCGUCGGCGUACAUGGGCAACAUCCAGUCGUCGGUGUCCAAGGGCCGAUUCCAAGAAGGGCAAACCACUGCGUCCUUCGCUUACGUCGGGAAUCCGGUCUCCGCCAGGCAUUACGACUACCUCGGUGAGCUCCAGCUGGUCAUGAAUCACGGCACCAAAGUGACCGGGUACGAACGCUGGCUGGAUCUGCAGGACAGUACUGCCGGCCUGCAGUACAGCGUGGACGGGGUCACGUUCCAGCGCGAGUACCUCGCGAGCAACCCAGCCGGGGUCAUGGCCAUCAAGAUCUCGGCAGACAAAGCUGGCGCCGUGGACUUCAACAUCCUCCUGCGCCGUGGGGGUACACUAAAUCGCUGGGUCGACUAUAGUGUCAAGGUCGGGAACGACACGAUCGUGAUGGGUGGUGGUAGUGGAGGCGUGAAACCUGUCGUGUUCGCCGCGGGGGCCAGCGUUGUCGCCUCGGGAGGGAGAGUCUACACCAUUGGCGACUAUGUCAAGGUGGAGGGCGCGGACGAGGCAUGGAUCUACUUCUCUGCUUGGACCGACUUCCGCAAAGAGGAUCCCCGGGCCGCAGUGGAGAGCGACCUGAAGUCGGUGAAGUCGCAGUCGUACAAGUCCAUUCGCGAGGCUCAUGUGGAAGACUACCAGAGUCUGGCGUCGCGGGUGUCCAUUGAUCUCGGGACUUCGUCCGCAAAGCAGAAAAAGGACGCGACUUCGGCUCGCGUAGCUGGGCUGGGGGCGGCUUUUGAUCCCGAGAUUGUCGCUUUGGCGUUCCAGUUUGGGAGAUACAUGCUGAUUUCGAGUGCGAGACAAGGCACCCUGGCGCCGACUUUACAAGGCAUAUGGAACAAAGACCCAAAUCCUCAGUGGGGGUCGAGAUACACGAUCAAUAUCAAUACGCAAAUGAACCACUGGCUCGCUUUGGUAACAAACCUGGCCGAGUUGAACGAGCCUCUCUUCUCGCUGAUCGAGAACGUCCGCCAAACCGGUCUGCAAACCGCACAGAAGAUGUAUGGGGCAGCCGGCGCGGUUUGCCAUCACAACACUGACAUCUGGGGCGACUCGGCACCAGUGGACAACUGGGCGCUCUCGACGUGGUGGCCCACCGGGCUCGUCUGGCUUGUCACGCACAUCCACGACACCUAUCUCUUCACGGGCAACGCCACUCUUCUAGAGAAGAAGUACGACACGCUGGUCGACGCCGCGGCAUUCUUCCUGGAUUUCAUCACCCCGUACAAGGGGUGGAUGGUCACAAACCCAUCCGUCUCCCCCGAGAACGUGUAUCGCAUACCCAACGGGGGGGGGGGAACGGCUGCCAUGACAGCCGGCCCAACCAUGGACAACUCCCUGUUGCGGGCGCUGUUCUCGAUCGUGCUGGAGGCCCAGUCCGUCCUGGGCAAAAAAGACACGGCACUCGCCGACCGGUUGGAGGCGGCACGGGCGAGUCUCCCACCGCUCAUGGUCAGUAAGCGGUACGGAGGCAUCCAGGAAUGGAUCGAAGACUUCGAAGAGACCGCGCCGGGCCACCGUCACCUCUCCCACCUCUGGGGCCUGUACCCGGGCCACGAGAUCACCUCGGCCAACGCCACCUUCUUCGAAGCGGCGCGCAAGUCCCUCAACCGCCGACUGUCGUUCGACACCGAUCCCGCCGGGUGGAGCCAGGCCUGGGCCAUCGCCAUCUCGGCGCGGCUGUUUAAUGCCACGGGCGUCGCCCGCAUGCUCGACGUCCUGUUGACGACCAGCACCCACGCCAAGAGUCUGCUCGGGGAUCUGUCGCCGGCGCCGUUCCAGAUCGACUCGACCUUUGGACUCACGGCCGGGAUCGCGGAGGCCCUGCUCCAGAGCCACGAGCUGGUGUCGCCGUCGUCGUCGAAGGCGCCGGACGCCGCCAGCAUGAAAGCCACAACGGUGGGCAACCCGAGCGGCGUUCCGCUCGUGCGCUUGCUGCCUGCUCUACCCAAGACGUGGGCGCAGACGGGGGGAGGCUCCAUCACGGGCCUGCUAGGCCGUGGCGGGUUCGUAGUUGAUAUCUCCUGGGACGAGAAAGGGCAGCUUGUCAACGCCACGAUUGUGUCGAGGAAUGGAGGUCCGGUGUGGUUGACUCUAGGAACCGCGGCGAUCGGUAAGGGGACAACGGAGGGCACUCCCACCAUCCAGGUGAAUGAGAAGAAGGGCUCGUUUGUCUACUUGGAAACAGAGGUUGGGGGCAGCCAUACAGUGAAGAUGGCUUAG